AUUUGACACCGUCAGUUUCCCUUUUUUGCACACAUGGUUGCUGAGGUAGCAAGCAAAACAACACAGGACCUUCCAAAGCCUGCUAAUGAUAAGUCAUUGCCUAACGGAGCAAGCAAUGGGAAUGCAGACAAAAAGCGAUCGGAACAAAAGCAGCGCCGAAGGACGAAGAAGAAGUCUAAAAAGCAGCGAGAGGAAGCAAAAGCAAACGUGAGUACCGCAGCAAAACCUAUGGCAUUUACGAAACAUCCACUGCUCAUCUUUAUUAAUCCUCUAUAAUAGGAACAUCAACGCGAAGCUGACGAUGAUCUAGCCGACGUUGAAAUUGAAUAUACACCAGAAGUUCUCGAGAUCAAGGACAUGAAACAAAAUGGAUUUGAAGAUCUUGACGAAGAAACCCUACAACAGUUUUCAUCCGUGUUCAAGCACUUUAUGGGCGUCAACGAUGAAGAGGACAAGGAUCAGGAGGAGGCGGCUGAUGAGAACCAAGACGGCGAAGCACAAAAAAAGGUUGCCGCAGGUGACGAUUCUGAUGAAGAAAACCAAGAAGACAGUGGUCCACUAUCAAAAAAGAAGUUGAAGAAAGUUAGCAGACUGAGCGUUGCCGAAUUAAAACAACUGGUCGAUAAACCAGACGUUGUAGAAUGGUGGGACGUGACAGCUUCAGACCCCAAACUACUUGUACAGUUGAAAGCAUACCGAAACACGGUGCCUGUUCCUAUUCAUUGGAGUCAAAAGAGAAAGUAUCUUCAAGGAAAGCGUGGUAUUGAAAAGCAACCAUGGGAACUUCCAGAAUUCAUCAAGGAUACUGGCAUCAUGGAAAUGCGUGAAUCCGUCAAAGAAAAAGAAGAUGCAUCUAAGCUCAAAAGCAAAAUGCGAGAGCGAAUGCAACCAAAGAUGGGAAAACUAGACAUUGACUAUCAAAAGCUUCACGAUGCAUUCUUCCGCUUUCAAACCAAACCAAGACUUACGCAGCACGGCGAAAUCUACUAUGAAGGAAAGGAGUUCGAGACCAAGCUGAAGGAGAAAAAGCCAGGCUUGCUCUCAGACGAUCUUAAAACGGCUUUAAGUAUUCCACCUCUCGCCCCACCACCAUGGCUGAUUAAUAUGCAACGGUUUGGUCCCCCACCUAGUUAUCCAAGUCUUAGAAUUCCAGGCUUGAAUGCGCCAAUUCCAGAAGGAGCACAGUGGGGUUAUCAUCCAGGAGGUUGGGGAAGACCACCGAUUGACGAGUAUAACCGACCACUUUACGGAGACGUCUUUGGUUUGAACACUCAAGAAGCUGCUCCUGAGGAUAUUGUUCAACCCAUGGACAAGAAAUUGUGGGGAGAAUUGGAUUCAGACAUCGAAGAAGAAGAAGAGGAGGAGGAAGAGGAAGAAGAGGAAGAAGAGGGAGCAGAAGGCGAAGGCCAGGAAGAACAGCCAUCCGAAGAGGCACUAUCAGAAGGUCUCGUCACGCCAUCUGGUAUGGCAUCUGUUGCAUCUGGAUUGGAGACACCGGAUUUCAUCGAACUUCGCAAGGACACUCGCAAGCCUGUUGCUGAAAGUGAUGAACCCAAACAACUCUAUCACGUGCUUCCUGAAGUGCAAAAGAACAUCCAAGGUUUUAUGGGAUCACAGCAUGGUUACAACCUUUCCAAUGUUAGCGCUGCACCACCAAUAGAUACCACAUCUCGAACCUCAAAGAGAAAAAUGGGAGAAUCUGUGGACGUUGCUUUGGAUCCAAGUGAACUUGAAGGCGGAAUAGAAGAAUCCAAGCUCCGUGCAAAUUUCGAAGCAGCCAAGGCCGCACAACAACCAGCAGGAGUCAAGGAAGAUUUCUCAGACAUGGUCGCAGAACGAGCUAGUAAGGAUGCAAAGAAACGAAAACUCAAUGAUGGCAAGAAGGACUCCAAGAAGAAGGAAUUCAAGUUUUAAUUUCUUCACAAAAUUCCUUUGCCGCCGCCAAGUGAUGCUUGCACUCGUUGUACGUAAGACUGAAGUAUGAUCACCCCUGUAAUCUCUGUCAUGGGACUAUUUGUAUUCUUGUAGCUGAACAUCAUAGAAUGACAGUACAUAGUGUUGUGUUUUUUUUUUAGUUUUGCCUUUUUUUUUUAUAAUUUGCUUGUAUUGAAAUGUUAAUACAGUCGGCCCGUUUCAUCAGCAAAAACCCUUACAGACCCUAUUUUUUUUUG